UGAAGUUAUGGUACGAAUAUGUUCAAUGACUUCAUCCAGUGGUGUGUUGCCCAUAAGCACUAAUGAUGAUUUCUAUCGAUCAUUUAGAUAUGAAAAUAAAACGUUUUCACCAUACUUAUCUAUUAGUAGUGAUUUAAUAUCACGAUUUUCUACAACUGCAUCUUCAAUGUCAGUGAGUUCAGCUAGUCGCUUAGCUAAUGAUGACACUUCAAAGAGCAUGCCUGAUUCGGUUGCUUCACCAGCUCCAUCACUUUCGCCAAUAUCGUCGGAUUCACCUUCAUGCUCCUCACUUUCAGCUGCUCCGUCUGCUUCAUUUUCAUUUUCGCCACCAUCGUCUCCAGCACUGAACGAAGCUUCCGCACCAGCAGCAAAAACAAAAAAUGCGAAAGUAAGUGAAUUAAACGAAACUAUUAAAUCUGCUAUGACGGAAAACAAUAAAUUAACUGCUGAGUUAAUUGAUAUCGAGAAAAAAAAGGUUGCUGCUAUUGAAUUAUUGACAGAAAGUGUGGUUAGUUUCUUGGAGAGAAAUUAAUUAACUAAAACUUAUAAAUCCUUUGAAAUAUUGCUUGUGAAAG